AUGGAUUCAGACGCACUGCAGGUCUUCCAGAGUGAACUCACCUGCUCCAUCUGCAUGAACUGCUUCCUGGACCCCGUCACCAUAGACUGUGGGCACAGCUUCUGCCGUCCCUGUCUGAACCUUCUCUGGGAAGAAGGCCAGACUCCAAGGAGCUGCCCUGAGUGCAGGGGAAUAUCAGAGAGGCCUGAUUUCAAAACGAAUAUUGCCCUCAGGAGGCUGGCUUCCCUUGCCAGACAGGCCAGAGCUGACCACGACCACCGCUCUGAGGAGCAGAUCUGUGAGACACACCAGGAAGCCAGAGGCCUCUUCUGUGAGGCUGACCAGACCCUGCUCUGCGGGCCCUGCUCUGAACGCCCCGAGCACGCAGCUCACAGCCACAGUCCCAUACACAGGGCUGCUGAGGAGUCCCGGGUAGAGAUAAUCAAACUUGAGUAUCAGAGAGAUUACCUUUUGAAUGUGAAUGUAAUCAAUGCUUUGAAUCCACUAUCCCCUCAGAAGUUUGUGGCCAUAAGAAAAGAGAUAAUCAAAGUUGAGUAUCAGAGGAUGCAUCCAUUGCUCCAGGGCGAGGAGCAACUGCACCUGGAAGCCCUGGAGCAAGAAGCAAAUGAGAUUUGUCACCAACUCCGGGAGAGUGUGUGCAGAAUGACUCAAAAGAGAGAAAGUCUGAAAGAAACGUACAGAGAGCUGAUUGAGAUGUGCCACAAGCCGGACGUGGAGCUGCUCCAGGACCUCAGAGGGAGGGCUUCCCGGACUGACUUGGCACAGAUGCAGAAACCUCAGUCAGUGAACCCAGAGCUCACUUGCUGGCCUCUCACUGGAAUCCUAGACAUGCUGAACAACUUCAGAGUGGAUAAUGUUCUGAGUCAGAAAAUGACCUUUCAUAAUGUGAGCCUUUCUGAGGAUAAUACAAGUCUGAUGUUUGGAGAUGAUGACCAUGGUGUGUCCAGACAGCCCUGUGGUAGGGAGAGUUUUGUGGCCUGGGGAGCUCGGGCCUUCACCUCCGGGAGGCAUUACUGGGAGGCAGAUGUGACGCACUCCUCCAACUGGAUUCUGGGCGUCUGUAAAAACAUCUUGACAAGUGAUACUGAUAACAGUAUCAGUAUCAAUUCUGAAGAAGCAUUUCUUCUCUUUUCUAUGAAUGUGAAUGAUCAUUAUAGUCUCUUCACCAAUGCUCGACCCUUAGUUCAGUAUGUGAAAAGGCCUCUGGGUAGGAUUGGGGUGUUUCUGGAUUAUGACAAUGGAACUGUGAGCUUCUAUGAUGUUUUCAGGAGUUCCAUCAUAUAUAGUUUCCUUCAUUUCCCCUUCUCCUCCCCUCUGAAGCCUUUCCUUUGCCUUAGGUCUCCAUGAAUUGCCCACUUCUGGGGCCAUUUAUUGAAACUGCUUCUCUGGGGAU